CGCUAAGGCCGAAUGUAUGUCCCAAUUCGAGCUGCGACUUUGAUCUCCACACGGGGACUCUUGGAAGAAAAGCUUCAAAUCCUUCAUAAACGCGCCAACCUUAACCACAUUAAACAACUUUACGCACAAAUCAUCAAGCAGGACCUCCACAAUGACUUGUAUAUCGCAACGAAACUGGUUUCUUCUUUGUCCCUUUGCCGCCAAUUGGGGUUGGCUAUUAAGGUUUUUAAUUAUGUUCAAGACCCUAAUGUUCAUUUGUACAAUACUUUGAUAAGCGCUUGUGUGCAAAACUCUAAGAAUGUUCACGCUUUUAGGGUCUUCUUUGAAAUGCAAAAGGAUGGUGUUUUUGCUGAUAAUUAUACGUACCCCUUUAUUUUAAAGGCGUGUGGUGGGCAAAAUGGGUUAAAAGUUGUACAAAUGAUACAUACCCUGAUAGAGAAAUGUGGGUUUUUGAGUGUUAUUCCUGUGAUUAAUGCGUUAAUUGAUAGUUACUCAAAGUGUGGUGUGGUUGGUGUUAUUGCAGCUAAGAAGUUGUUUAUGGUUCUGGGUGAGAAAGAUAUCGUGACGUGGAAUUAAACGAUUUAUGGGUUGGUGAAAAGUGGGGAGUUGACUGAAGCUCAAAGGCUGUUUGAUGAAAUGCCUGAGAGAGAUAGGAUUACUUGGAAUACGAUGUUAGAGGGGUAUGCAAAGGCUGGAUAAAUGAACUUGGCAUUUGAAUUGUUUGAAAAAAUUCCAGCGAGAGAUGUUGUUUCGUGGUCGACGAUGAUUUGGGGGUAUAGUAAAGCUGGAGAUAUGGAGAUGGCAAAAUUGUUGUUCGAUAGGAUGCCAGUUAAGAAGUUGAUUCCUUGGACUAUAUUAAUAUCUGGGUUCGCUGAAAAGGGGAUGACGAAGGAGGCAAUGAGAUUGUAUGAUGAAAGGGAGGAGGUUGGAUUGAAGCCGGGUGCUUGGACUGUUAUUAGAAUAUUGGCUGCUUGCGCUGAGUCAGGUUUGCUUAGUUUGGGGACGAAAGUUCAUACUUCUAUUGAGAGGAAUAGGUUUAAAUGUAGUACGAAUGUGUCCAAUGCCUUAAUUGAUAUGUAUGCAAAGUGUGGUAGCUUGGACAAGGCUGUGAGCGUCUUUAAUGUGACACCAAAGAAAGAUGUGGGGUCUUGGAAUGCUAUGCUACAAGGAUUUGCGAUGCAUGGUCAUGGUGAGAAAGCACUGGAGCUUUUCUCAACGAUGAAACAAGAAGGGUUUAAGCCUAAUAAAAUUACUUUCAUUGGUGUCUUAUGUGCUUGUACACAUGCAGGCUUCAUUGACGAGGGUGUACAGUAUUUCUAUUCAAUGGAAAGAGAUUAUGGGAUUCUUCCUCGAGUUAAGCAUUAUGGUUGCAUGAUUGACCUUUUGGGCCGGGGUGGACAUCUUAAGGAGGCUUUUAGACUUGUGCACAGCAUGCCAUUUGAACCGAAUGCCGUUAUUUGGGGUACCCUUUUGGGAGCGUGCCGAAUGCAUAAUGCUUUAGAACUUGCUCGGGAGGCACUUGAUCACCUGGUUAAAUUGGAACCAUCGGAUCCUGGUAAUUACUCUAUGUUGUCAAACAUUUAUGAAGCAGCAGGAGACUGGGACAACGUUGCUAGUGUAAGGCUACUUAUGAGAAGCACUGGAAUUCAAAAGCCAUCGGGGGCUAGUUCUAUUGAAGUGGACAACGAGGUCCAUGAAUUUACAGUAUACGAUAGAUUGCACCCUAAAUCGGAAAAGAUAUAUGAGAUGAUUGACACAUUGGGCCAAGAUCUUAAUGAGGCCAGGUAUGUCCCAAAGGUACCAGUAGACGUUGGUGAGGGGGUGAUUUAGGACCUAGAAGCUUGGCCUCCACUGAUGGAAUGGAAAAAGAACAGAGCAAAACAAGAAAGAAAGCGAAGAUAAGAAGAAAGAAUAAAUGAAGAGUUGAAAGAAGUUGAUUGGCGGUAAGA